AUGCAAAAAGACGAAUACCAUCACUACAUUCCAAGAUUCAUUUUACGUAAUUUUGCUACUGACAAUUAUGAAAGAAUAUUCACGAGCAACAAAGAGCUAUUCAGUCAGAAAAAAAAGUUAUGGAAGUCAAAAAAGAAGGGCGAAUUUCUCCAAACUUACGAUAGAGCUAACGAUCAAUUGGGUACUUCUUUGAUUUCAAGAAUUUAUGGAGACACAAAUAUGUAUAAAGAUCUUAAUCAUGAUGACACAAUGCGUGUGGAAAAAAAAUUAGCUAUUCUUGAAGAGAAAGCAUCAAAAGUGAUUAGAGAUAUUAUCGAGACAUCUCAAACGAAAAGCCGAAUUGUUUUGCUUAGGAAAAAUAUUUCUGACUUACGUAAAUUUCUCUUCAUUAUGAGUUACAGAAUACCUUUUAGAAGAAAUCAGUUUGCAGAUAAAAGAUUUGAUAUCGUUACUUGGUCAAUGGUCGAAAGUUUUAUGCAGCAACACAAAUUACAAAAUCCGCAAGAAGUUUGGUUACAAAACGUCCGAGAAAUCAUAGAUACUCCACAUGAAGACGUCAAAGACAAUACAAGAAUAUUCUUUGUAGAUAGAAUGGAUUACAGAUUGGUUAUGAUCGAUUGUUUCCUCGCAAUUUGGCAAGCUGGUGAAAAUGAUGAAUUUAUUAUGGCCGACCACGCAUUUGGAAUUUUUGAAGGUAUAAAUAUUGACAGACCCAUAGAAGUGGGAGGUCCAAUUCAUAAAAUGUUCCAUAGCAUUUACAUUAUCUCUCCAAAGUUAGCUGUAGUCCUUUGUACUUCUGGAUUUCGAGAAGGUAUUGGAUUUGAGAGGCAAGAUGAAUUUUUUGGAUUUAAACAACGUUCGAUUUUUGAAAAUGUUCCACAUCCACCACCAGUUCCAGAAUAUAUUAGCCUCAAAGAUUGCAAAUUAAAACCAGAAAACGAAUUUAACGAGUCAUUUGAUUGGAGCAAAUAUGACAAUACGUUUGAUUGGUGGGCAAAUCAGUCGGGUUUCAAAAAACAUGAUGAUGACAAAUUUACUUUAACCUUCGUUAAAGUCAAUUCUGCCACCGUUCACCUCGUAAACUCUCUUGUGCUUAAUGAGGCUAAACCAAGCCUACAAGUAUCUUUCCUUUCUCUUCCAUAUUUUUAUAAGACGGUAAUAAAAUAUAAUAAAAGUGCCUUUUACAAAGUUACACCGCAGAACUUCUCGAUCAUGAAAAGAACUUUGUUCAAGGCGUUGAACAAAACACAUGAAGAAGACUUGAAUCUCCGAAAAAAUAUUUCAGCCGAAAACAAAUCUUGGAAUCUAUUCAAGCUUUAA